AUGACAUGUACGAAUGUGACUCCUCUUAUGCUGCUUCUUCAUCUACUCUCGACCACUCCAUUCGGUUGUACUACGAACUCCCCAGACAUUGUCUCUGCGCUUACAAAUAUCGAUCAGGCCGUUGCCGCCGGUAGAAACCUUGCCUCCGAGCUAACCAUUUACGUCAGCGCAGAGGAGACUCGUUUAUCAAAACUACGGUGCUUAAUUCAGCGUCUAGAAAGUGCUGCACAGAUCUAUUCUCCCCCAGAGCAACAAAGUCCCACGCCUUCCCCUUCUUCCUUACCUACUUCAUCUUCCGCUUCACGGGAGGUCACACCCAAUCCAGUAUCCGCCUUUCUUACCAUACUUCAACUUGCAUCCAACUGGACGAGCGAGCUUCACGCCCUCUUUGGCUUGCCGACCAUCAAUAAUACUGAUGACGAGAGCGAGCGAAUUGCGGAGGCUCCAAUGGCAGCCUUCAAAGAAUUUAAUUCAAACAGGGGGCUAUUUCAGCGUCUUAAGUUGUAUGCUGACAUGCUUCCUGAUGACAAUGAUACGUAUAAAAUACCCGCAGUCGAUAUUGCGGAGGGACAUAUUCUGCCCUCGGCACCUUCGCCUCAACUUACUGACCCUACUUCACAAAACGGUGCCUUAAGCAAAGUAUUUUAUGAGAUGGAGUUGAAACGCUAUAAUGGUGAUGAUCCACCGCACAGUGAUGAUGAAAGUCCAAGAGCCGAAGGUUCAGAAGCAGCCAUAUUCGAUAGCCUCUGUAGAACUGCAGACUUACUGUCGCCUCCAGAUCAACACCUCAGCUGUCACUACUUUACACCACAUUCCUUCUUCAUAUUGGGUCCAUUGAAGGGAGAGGUGAUUCAGCUUGAACCACCCAUAUUGCAAUGGCACGACUUCGUGACCCAGAAUGAAGUCGAGCAGAUCAUUAAACUUGCCAGGCCUAAGCUCAAACGAGCGCUAGUUCGGAAUCCUACGGGCGGAGCCCUGGAACCAGUUCCAUAUCGAGUUACGAAAAAGUGUGUUUUUCGCCAAUAA